UAACUUAAAUAUUAACAGAGAUUUGGUUACUCUGUGCAGUCGUAGUUAUAAAAUUAUACAACAUGAAGCAUCGACACUUAAUAAUCGCGUUAUCAAUUUUUUUGAGUGAAACAGUGUUUUCUGCCUUUGGCGAUGACAGCUUCGUAGUAACAAGCACAGAAUCUACAAAAGAAGGAUCUUCAACGGACUCAAUAAAUAAUAUUCAAUUUAAUCCUGAAAUAUACUCCAUGCAAAUAAAUGCAAAUGUAAGUAACCGCUACGCAAGAACUCUUAUCACAAGCAAGGUAAGAAAUUUGAAGGACAAAUCAAAAGAAACAACUUUCUCAGUGAUAUUGCCAGAAAAUGCAUUUAUAUCCGAAUUUGAAAUGGAAAUUAAAGGAAAAGUUUAUAAAGCUUAUGUCAAAGAAAAGGAAGAAGCCAAGAAAAUAUAUCAACAGGCUGUAUCAAGUGGUCAAAGUGCAGCUCACGUUGAAUUGAGUGCAAGAGAUUCCAAAACAUUUACAGUAUCAGUCAAUAUAGAACCAGAAAGUAAAACAAUAUUUAGACUUGUUUAUGAAGAACUUCUUCAGCGUCGGCUUGGGCAGUAUGAACUUGUAAUAAAUAUUCAUCCAGGUCAAGUUGUUAAAGAUCUUGGAGUUCAGGUUUAUAUAAAUGAAAGCAGGCCACUCACAUUUGUAAAAACCCCUUCUUUAAGAACGGGUAAUGAAAUCAGCAAGAAUGAUGAAAAAUUGAAUCCUUCUGCUCAAAUAGAUGUGAUUAAUAAUACGAGUAAUUCUGCAGACGUAAAAUUUACCCCUAGCAUUAAUCAACAAAAAACAUUCGCCGAAAAUCUUGGUGGUAACAAAGAAAAUGGAUUGGCUGGUCAAUUUGUCGUUCAAUACGACGUAGAAAGAGAUCCUCAGGGAGGAGAGGUUUUGGUUAAAGAUGGAUAUUUCGUACACUUUUUUGCACCUUCUGAAUUGGACCCUUUACCAAAACACGUAGUCUUUGUAUUAGACCACAGCGGUAGUAUGUCUGGAAGAAAAAUUGAUCAAUUAAUAGAAGCAAUGCAAAACAUUUUACCUCAGCUAAAACCAGAAGAUUUAUUUAACAUAAUACGAUUUGCUGAUGAUGCUUCUGUAUGGAAUUCUGUGGAGAACAAAUUUGUUCCUGUAAAUAUAAAUUCACGAAAUUAUGGAUCCCUGGAACCACAUUUGAAAGAAGCCAAUUUAUCGCGAGCCGCAGAAGCUUCUAGUCAAAAUAUAGAAAAUGCCAAAAAUAUAGUGAAGGAUAAAUCCGACAUGGGUCUUACUAAUAUAAUAGCUGGUUUAGAAAUAGGUUUGUUCUUGAUCAAAAGAACACAAGAACAUACCCCCAAUAAAUAUCAGCCACUACUUAUAUUUUUAACUGAUGGUCUACCGAAUGUUGGAAUGCAUUCUGGCUAUGAAAUUACCAACACGGUAACCAAACUAAAUUCAGGUACAACUCGUGCUGCAAUUUUCUCGCUUUCUUUUGGUCAUGGUGCGGAUAAAAAUUUCUUACAAAAGUUAUCUUCGCAAAAUCUAGGAUUUUCAAGACAUAUUUACGAGGCAGCUGACGCUUCCUUACAAUUACAAGAUUUUUACAGUACAAUUUCGUCACCUUUAAUGAGUAAUAUUACGUUUAAAUAUGUGGACAGUGUGUCAGAUGUGACCAAUGUUCGUUAUCCAAUUCUUUUUAAAGGUUCAGAAUUGGUUGUAGCUGGAAAAACAGGAGAAAAUUCCGAUCUCUUGCCACAGGUUUAUGGUACUUGUACUACAGGACGUGUGAUUUUUAACACUACUCGUACAGAACCUGUUAGUUCCAUAGAAAGACUGUGGGGGUAUUUGACUGUACAACAGAUUCUAAAAGAAAGGGAAACAGCAGAUAACAAAACUGAACUUACAAAAAAAGCACUCGAUUUGGCCUUGAAAUAUUCCUUCGUUACGUCUGUAAGUUCUUUAGUUGUCGUUAAACCAAAUCAAACAGACGCAGUCGACAGUCAAACCGCAACAGCGAAAUCAUCAUCAGAACGUUUUGUACCGUCAGCUCCGGCAAUCUCAGGACCUGCACCAAGAUUGGGAUUGUUUGCAGGACCAAGAUUGGGGGGAGGUUCAUUUUAUCAUCGGUAUGGUGGGUAUAGUGCACAAUCGUCAUCAAUCUUCCGUGCCUCUCCAAGGACACUCAAAUGGAGAACUGACAGUGGAGGACCCCGAUUUUAUACAACAAGACGACCUUACACUAUUACGGCUUCUAUCCCCACAACUACUACCGAUAUAUCAUCGUUGACUUCCAGUGAAACACUUCCGCAAUGGCUCGAGGAUCUCAAAAAAAAUAACGAAAGCAUCACUACGCCUCAAGGUUCGUUCCAGUUAGGGCAGAAAGGUGCAGUGACGACUCGUCUCAACUGUCCCUCGACUCCUACGAAUACUACUGGCGUUUGUACAAUUAUAUUUGAUUGUCCUGAAGUAUUCAAGCUUCUUACAGACAUUAACGUUUAUUUAAAAUACUUCUGUCAAUUGAAUGAGUAUGCUGGAGUGUGUUGUCCAGUGAAACAAGAAAUGACGCCCAGUGCAUGAUGGAACAAUAAAUCAGUUUAUCGCAAAGCUAUUAUUGCAGAAGUGUGCCCCUUAAACAAUAAAAAUUUUAUAAAAUAUAACUCACCUAUCAUUUGAUCAAUUUAAGGAAAUAAAAAUCAUGAUAAGCACAA